AAUGAGGGAGCCGUUGACUGAAUAGAUGCUCCCGGCUUCUGGAAGCGGAGCAGAGACACUUGCUGUGGACAGGAGAGCAAGAGAGAGAGUGGACGCUCCGGACAAACACAACAGAUCCCUUUCACUCGACCCACAACAUCGCAACAUGUCUUCAAAGUGCCCCAAGUGCGACAAGACGGUGUAUUUCGCUGAAAAGGUGUCAUCACUGGGGAAGGAUUGGCACAAGUUAUGUCUCAAGUGUGACCGCUGCAACAAGCUCCUGAACGCUGGAGGACAUGCCGAGCACGAUGGACGGCCCUACUGCCACAAACCAUGCUAUGCUGCCCUCUUUGGGCCAAAAGGGGUGAACAUCGGUGGAGCCGGCUCCUAUGUGUACGACACGCCGGCCAACAACAACCCGUCUCCCACCAGUGUGGAUUCGGCACCCAAAGCUGAGGAGAAGCGAGUGUUCGCCCCCAAAGCAGCGUCAAAAGCAGCUGGCGGCAUCACCACCUUUUCCGGAGAGGCCAACCUGUGUCCCCGAUGCAACAAGAAGGUGUAUUUUGCUGAGAAGGUGACAUCACUGGGUAAGGACUGGCAUCGACCCUGUCUGCGCUGUGAGAGGUGUAGCAAGACUCUGGCUCCUGGCAGCCACGCAGAGCAUGACGGCCAGCCCUACUGCCACAAACCAUGCUAUGCUGUUCUCUUUGGGCCCAAAGGCGUGAACACUGGUGGUGUUGGCAGCUACAUCUAUGAGAAGGAGCCCAGUGCAGUGACCCAGCCUUGAACCUUUUGUCCCCUCAGCUUCAUCCCUCUUCUCUUCACAACACUGACCAUCAACCACAGUAUUAUUUGUAGCCGUUUUCUCUUCCUGUGCUUUCAUACCUGAGACAACCAGCCUUCUGAUCCUUUUCUCCUUUGAUCUGAUCCGCUCCCAGCUGAUUUAGCAGCCACAAGGAAUGAUCUCAAAUUGCCUAGACAUUUGCAUUUGCUCCGGGAGAGCCAAGUCCAGCACUCCCACACGUUAUUAUUAUUAUUAUUAUUAUUAUUAUUAUUAUUAUUAUUACAAAUAAUUUCAACCAUGUUUACGCAUUUAUAAAUGUAUAUGAACACAUUAAAUGUCACCUCAGUAAAAUACGAAGGUCUUAUAUUUUUAUUUUGUACCCUGAAAACAGUGGGAUUGAGGAGGUCUGUUUUGAGAUGAUGCAGGUUUUAAAAAAAGAAAAAGUUAUAGAGAGUGAUUUUCAGGUGUGGAAAAAUGCAUUGUGGGUAGAGUUGUGGCGCGUUGACAGCCAUGAAGUUCAACUCGGAGGCCGCUGCAUGCAACUGGUGCCUGGAGCACGUUGCCAAAAAUUUGUAUUUUACAAUUGCCAUAUUUACAUUUUUGCUGCCUGACAACAUUCCUUAUGUGAAAGAAAAAAGUCCCGACAUAUUGUAAAAAAAGGUGUUAAAUUGGAUCUCUCAGGCCACUGUUGUAUGAUGUGCAACACAUCCAAGAGGCUGAAUUGAGUCAACAUGAACUUAUUUUACCUUCGAGGUAAUAACCUUUGUUGAAUUUGCUAAUAACACAAAUGUCUAUUUUAAAAUGAGGUGGAAUGUGGGGGACGUUUUGCAAAGGGAGGGCUGUGAUUUUUCAGAAAAGAAGCAUGUAUUUAUUGCUACUACUCAAGUCCUUUACAUCUAUUUAGCCAUUGUACUACUACCCUUUAUGGGAAUGCUAAUGGACGAGGUCAAACGAGGAAAUGUAAGCUGUAUAAAUCUCCACGAUCAAGAUUUUUAUUGUUCAUUUCAUAUAAAUAACCCUGCUGUUAUUUUCCGAGAGAUGAUGCUCUAUUUGAAUUUUUGCCAUUUAGCAGAAACGGUAGCUUAGCUUGUAGAAACACUGCAGACAAGUCAUUCUGUAAGAAUGUGCAUCCUAGUGUUAUUAUCUGACUGUUACUGUGUUUGUUUAAUAUCUGUUGCACAUUGUAGGGCUUCAUAGACACUGCAGGGCUCACUGUUUGUAGAACUGAAACGCUGCACUUCAGCCCUGCUGCAUUUGUCUUUUUAAUCCCUUAAAUAAAUAUUUCAAAAACUGUAAUUA